AUGAAGUGUAGGCACGUCGCGCAUUCAUUGAAACCACUGAUCGAAAAAGAAAUAGAUAGGCUGGUAAAAUUGGGCCAUCUAGAGCCGAUUGAAAUUAGUGAAUGGGCAACGCCAAUCGUGCCGGUUUUCAAAAGUAAUGGCGAUAUUAGAAUUUGUGGAGAUUUUAAGUUGACAGUAAACCCGUACAUAAUUAUUGACAAAUAUCCGCUCCACACUAUCGACGAGAUCUUUGCGAGCCUCCAAGGAGGUGCAGUUUUUUCGGAGUUGGAUUUAAAGCACGCGUACAUGCAAUUCCCAGUAGUUAAAGAAUGCCUACCCUUGCUCACGAUCGUAACUCACAAAGGCUUAUUUAGAUACAGAAAUAUUCCAGAGGGCGUUUCACCAGCGCCUGCAGAUGUACAAAGAAAAAUGGAUAAAUGUCUAAUGGGAAUCGAUGGCGGGAUCGCGUAUCUCGACAAUAUCUAUGUAACUGGCCGUACAGAAAGCGAACACAAAGAAAAUUUAGAAAAAGUUUGUGCGAGGCUGGAAGAAUGCGGAUUAAGAAUCAAUAAAGAAAAAAGUAAAUUCAUGCAAGAUAGAAUCGAAAUCUUAGGCUACGUUAUAGAUAAGAACGGGUUACACAAAGCGAAGUCAAAAGUACGCGCAAUGAUAGAUGCCCCCCAACCAAAAAAUCACAAAGAACUAGCUUCUUUCUUAGGAUUAGUAACGUUCUACUCUAGAUUUUUGCAAGACAGGUCAGCAAAACUAACACCGCUAUACACAUUAUUAAAUAAAAAAGAAUUCGAAUGGGAUCAAGAAUGCACAAGUGCGUUUGAAUGGGUAAAAGAUGAAUUGAUCUCACCUCGUAUAUUAGCGCAUUAUAACCCGAACGGGCAAAUAGUCUUAGCAUGUGAUGCGUCAUAA